AAACUUUCUCAUCCAUAUCAACAAUUCAACGUUCAUCAUAAUCUCAAACAAUGUCUUCUUCUUCCUCAUCACCAACCUCUGAACUUCCACUGAAACCAAUCCCAGGCAACUAUGGCCUACCAUUCUUUGGUCCCUUAAUGGAUCGUCUGAACUACUUCUACUUCCAAGGCGAAGAUAAGUUCUUCCAGGACAAAAUCAACAAACACAAUUCCACCAUUUUCAAAACCAACAUGCCUCCUGGUCCUUUCAUUGCCUCUAACCCCAAAGUCACCGCCGUCCUCGAUGCCAUUUCAUUUUCCGUCCUCCUCGACACUUCCAAAGUCGAGAAAGUCAACGUUCUGGACGGUACUUUCCUCCCUUCUUUAUCCUUCACCGGUGGCUACCGUGUUUGCGCCUAUCUUGACCCCUCUGAACCCAACCAUUCCUCUCUCAAAUCUUUCUUCUUUUCUUUACUCGCAAAGAAGCACGACCAGUUCAUACCUCUCUUUAGAACAUGCUUAUCCGAGCUCUUUAUCGACAUUGAAGAGCAAAUGUCCAAAGAAGGCGAAGCAUACUUUAAUACUCUUGGUGAUUCCAUGGCUUUCAACUUCUUUUUUCGCCUUUUCUGCGAUAAAAGCCCCGUUGAUGCCCAGAUUGGCUCAAAAGGACCAAAACUUUUUGACAAAUGGUUGUUUUUGCAGCUUGCUCCUCUUAUAACCCUCGGGUUGCCGAAGUUUCUGAACCUUGCAGAAGACUUGUUGCUGCAUAUGUUUCCAUUGCCUUCCGUUUUAGCAAAGUCUGAUUAUCAGAAACUUUAUGAUGCUUUCAACAACUACUCGGAUCCAACUCUCGAUGAAGCUGAGAAAUUCGGAAUUAAACGUGAUGAAGCUUGUCAUAAUUUAGUAUUUCUAGCUGGAUUCAAUGCAUACGGUGGUUCAAAAACUCUAUUUCCUGCUUUGAUCAAAUGGGUUGGAUUAGCAGGACCGAAGUUACACCGCCAGCUUGCUGAUGAAAUCAGGACCAUUGUUAAAGCUGAAGGUGGAGUCACUUUCUCAUCCCUGGAAAAAAUGGUCCUCACUAAGUCAGUUGUUUAUGAAGCAUUGAGGAUUGAACCUCCGGUGCCGUACCAGUACGGCAAGGCCAAGGCGGACAUGGUGGUGAAUAGCCAUGAUGCAGCUUUUGAGAUCAAGAAAGGCGAAAUGAUCUUCGGAUAUCAGCCGUUGGCGACCAAGGAUCCUAGGGUUUUUGAAAAUCCUGAGGAGUUUGUGGGGAAUAGGUUUUUAGGGGAGGGAGAGAAGCUGUUGAAGUACGUAUAUUGGUCGAAUGGGCGCGAGACGGCGGAGCCAACGGCGGACAACAAACAGUGCCCUGGCAAGAACUUGGUGCUGCUGCUAUGUAGAGUUAUGUUGGUGGAGUUGUUUCUUCGUUAUGAUACGUUCACCAUUGAAGCUGGGAAAUUGUUGCUGGGAUCUUCUGCAACGUUCAAGUCCUUGACCAAGGCCACAAGCAUUUAAUCUUAAUCAAAUUAAUUUCAUGUAACUUUCAAUACGCUAAUUGAAUUUAUUGUUGAAUAUAAUUCAUAUUUCAGGAUUGCAAUUUAUUUAUAUUUGCUGAACGAAUGCUAUCACUCUUCCAUGUU